UUAAAGGGUAUAUAAUAUAGAUGACGGGUAAAUAGAAUUUGUUCGGGAAUUUUCAUGUAAACCGACAGAGCACUGGUGAAAUGGAUAAAAUGCUACUAGAAGGAAGGGAAAAAGUUAAGAAAAAUGCACAUUUAUCAAAGAGUAAAUAAUAUCGACGAAAGAUAAAUGGAAAGUGUUCAGGAAUGCUCAUGGGAACCGACAGUGCUCUUGGGAAAAGACCUACUCCUAAUAAGAAAUAUUCCAGAUCAGAUAUAGAGUACUACCACGUUUUCCAACAGACAAUGAAUGAACAAGGCCUAAGUGACCUAAAAUUAUCAUGUUUUCAGAUCAUCUCUUGAGGAAACGUAUUGAUUUGAAGACUGAAGAAAGAAAAGAGAGAACAAACGGCAAAGCAGCUGUCUUUUUCUUCGAAUGCAUCAUUUUUAAAACAGAGGACAAUAGGAUUUUUUUCUUUAUAUGACGGAUCCGUCCACUGUUUGCUGCAACUUUCGAACGAAAUGACCGACUACGGAGUGUAAACAAGACGAGUAGCAUUUCUUAAGAUGACUAUCAGUGUUAGACUUUGUCCGUUUGUUGAUCUACGUAAUCAGUCGAGAUAACACUCAGACAUACUGCGACAUCAACCCACAAAGGGAGACAGUCCGCGACUCGUUUCAACAAAAGGACGAUUAGUUUACCAUCACCGCAUUUUUUGUUUUCCAUUUCCUGGUUUCCGGCAAAUUAGUACUUGUAUCGCAUUUUCAUUACGGAAGCAACGUGGCUCGUUUAUUUCGAGUAUUAAAAUAAGCCUAUCAGGGAUAUAUAUAUUGUGUCGGUACCAUCUCUACGACCCUAGAUCUGAUCCCGUGGAUACAAACGUUUUCGCAACUUUGUUAUAGCAUUUCGUUGUAUAAACAAGUAUAUAGAAAACUAUGUGUGACAGCCCGAGUUACGUAAACCUGCAUACGGAGCGCGAAAACAUUGGGAUCAAAUGUUUGCAACAUACAGAGCAACAUUUCACCAGGUUCUGCAACAGCUGCAAAGUUCUUGCUUGUGACCUGUGCUGGACAGAGCAACACAUAAACCACGAGCAAGCAGACGUGAUGAAAGUCGCCGAGGAACUGAGAAUUCAGCUUGCGCAACGAAUGGAUUAUGUUAAAAAGAUUAUCAUCCCGGCAAAGACAAGAGCGUCUCAAGAGAUUCACAUGAACAGAGAAGAGUACCUUAAACAUGGCGCCUAUCUUCGGUUGGAGAUCACGGAAAGAACGAAGCUCCUAAAAUCCCAGCUAGAUUUGACAUGUGAAGGAAUCUUGCACGAAUUGCGAGAUCGAGAGGACUCUGACAUCAAGUCUUUAGAUUCCUCUGUUCUUGCAACAAAAGAGGAACUCAAACAAAUUUCUUCAUUACUUUUUGAGUGUGAUUCGGCAAUGCGAGAAGAAAACGACAAGCUUUUUGUAAAAUCUGCACAAGAACUAAUCUUUAAACUGUCGAGUGUCAAGAUUCAAAAUCCGUUUAAGCCCAUUCGCCCUCCGACCUUUGUGACGAGUGAUUCUAUAAAUAGAAAUGCUAUUGAAAAAUUGUACGGAUACCUUCAGCAAGACAGUUCAAGUGCUCUUAUUGAAACUAAAAAAACACUUGAAAAUCAGGACUUACAUAAUCACGUCAAAGUGAUUAUAGGUCACGUGACGACUUUAUCACUCACAAACAACGAUGCGGCAUAUUGCAUUCGAACAUUACCGAAUGGUCACGCAUGGGUUGGCACAGGAGCGCAGUCGGUUCGACUGGUGAAUUCCAAGGGCGACGUUUUCAAUGAGGUGUUUUUAGAUUUCUAUCCCUACAAUCUAGCUAUUUUGGGAAAUGCUUUGCUCCUUUCAAAUGGACAAACAAUCAAAAGUAUACAAGAUGGUGAAAUGACGGAGUUUUACAACGCUGCGCCAUUCUACUGUCAAGGAAUCAGCAGAACGAGAAAGAACGAGAUUCUUGCGUGUUUAGCAAAACGAAACGAGGGGAAAAUUCUACGUUUGGAUGCCUCUGGCAAGAUCUUGCAAAAAAUUCAGUUCGAUGCUAACGGACACCAUUUGUAUCGAAGUCCGACGAAAGUUUCCGAAAGUCCACUUAACGGUGAUAUUUGUGUGGCAGACUCAGCCGAAAAUAGUGUCAUAGUUGUUGAUAAAGAAGGAAACCUCCGUUUCACUUACAGAGGGUUGAAAGGGGACACCUUUUCGCCAUUUUACGUUACCCAUGAUUCCUUUGGAAAUAUUCUGAUAGGUGACAAUAGCCACUUCCGCAUCCACCUAGUGGACCAAGAUGGCGUCUUUCUUCAGUAUAUACUCACGGUGGAGGACGGUCUGUACUCACCCUGGGGCCUCGAUGUGGAUGAGAACCAGAGCCUUUGGGUGGGGACACUGUCCAGCAAAAUCUGGAUAGUGGAGUACAUUGGUCAAUAAAACGUUCCUCAUUUGUCAUACGUAUACAUAAUAGAUCAUAUCUUGAUAUCAUUUGAUAAGUACUUGAUUCAACCAUAGAUCUAUAUCUAAGGUGAACAAUAAUGAAAAAUGUUUAAAAAAACCCCAGCGUAAAUCGAAAUUAUGCAUUCUGAAAAUCGAAAUGCUCACUCCACUUUUGGCAGAAGUUUUAUGUAAUUCAUUUUCAGCAUUCAAUUAAACGUGUGUGAUUAAAACAUUGUUCAGUAAGCCUUGGGUUAUAUAGGAUAUAGGUCAAUAAGAGUACAUUAUCGAGAAAGAAGCGACGUUGUGAUUCAUAUGUUAAUAUCUUGUACAGCGUAACCUAGUACAUGUAAAAUAUAUUGUAUGUAACUGUAAUGUGAAUUUUGAAAAUUAAAACUAUUUUCUCUCGA